UGGAAGCACAUCCUCUCAAAAAAAUAAAAUGGACGCUGUUCGACGGCUGUAUUUACGUCGUGUUGAACAAGAUGUUAACUCUGCUGGACUGUCGGUAAACCGACCGAACAGAGUAUCUUAUUACCAGUCAUUAUUUCAGGUAUCUGUAGUGAUAAAAUAAAGUCUGUUUGUACACAAAAUGCACACGUUUUCAUCACUUGGAAAUCUUGACAUCAUUGCCAGAAUAUGUAUUUGUACAGUAUAUAAAUUUCCUGUUGUGAUGGCUAGUCGAUGAAAAUCAACAUUAGUCGAUGUCAGUUGAUAAUGGAAAUCGAUGAAAAAUCCAUGACUGGUAUUGUUAUGACCAUUCAUCGAUUGAAUAUUGAUUUGUAUUUAUUUUGUUCUUGUAAAAAUGAUUUUCAUCGAUUGAAAGUUUAUAAUUUGCCUGCCAGACUGCAGAGUUGGUCAGAGCCCAGACUGGAAAGUCUGAAAUUGCGUGUCCAAGGUUUCAAAAAGUUAAUCUUAAAUAUAUAGAAACAUUAAAAUUGCACGCCCGAUCUACUGUACUGGUUGUGCAAUACAAAUUUUCCACAUUGGGUCGGAGCCACCCCAGAAAUUUUCAGACGCUAAUGUGCCCCAAAUUGUUUUGAUCAUCAUGUGGUAGCUUUUGUGCCUGUGACUGUUUCUUGACAUGUUCUUUGCAAGACACUUGCAUCCUUGUCCCUAAUUUGUGCCCCUGGGAUCUUGUCGAAAGCUGCCUAACUCACUUCCCAUGAAUUCUGAUGCUACCUAAAUGUGGGCACACGAUAGUGGAUGAAAGUCAAUAAAACCAAUAACAAUUGCCAAUUUGUCAUUGAUUUAUCUAUAAUUGGAUUUCAGAUUAUUGAUUUUCAUCAAUUAGAUAUGCUGGGAUAUACAUAUAGAUUUUUACUUUGUAGUUUUCAUGUGGAAAUGUGCCCUACCUUAUCCCCGAGCCGGCGGCGCGAAGCGCCGUGCGAGGGUACUAAUUCCCCCCGGCUAUUUACACCCGGGGAAACGAAAGCAUUAGGGAAGUCUGAAGUUCAUCAAUGAGCGCGGGCGUCGGUCACCAACGAUGGGUGGUCAUCCUCACUGAUCUCAAAAAUAUGGCGGACUGUCAUUAAAAGCAGAUACUGAUUGGUCCAAUUUAAAGUUUGCAUUAUAACGGCUGCAUGACGACAGCGAAAUAGCAAACAUUUGACAUUUCUUGAUUUGAUGAGUUGAUGAUUGAUAAAUUUCUUGCAAAUAUUCUUCAUUUUUGCUCGUAUUUCUGCAAGAUUUUGUAAAUUUCAAGAAAGAAAGGGCGAAAGAAUCCGCUAAAAGAAGGGAGCCGACGUUAACGAAGGUAAGUUUGUUUUAAAUAUUGAUUUUAUAAUGGCUUUAAAACCCGACGGCCUUUGCGUAUAUGAAACAACUAAACAAGACAGCAUAUAAUUUCAGUGUAUCUUUAAUAUUGAUUCCCUUUUUUAUCAUAUUGAAUUUUUUAAAUAAAAAAUAAAGCAAAGUUAUUUGCAAGCGAGAAUUUGAAAUCAUUUUAUUGCAAACUCAAAGUUUAUCGAUAAAGCCAUUUAAUAGUUAAAGGCAGUUUAGUUUUAUAAAGAACACUUUAAAACGUUUUGUGAAUUGUUUGUGGUUGAAUUUUACCUUAAAUUGAAGCUUGUAUUACGUAUAAUUACAUACCUAACAUGAAUAUGUUGGGAAAUUGAUAAUUUUGUAAUUAAAAGUGAUAUUUUUAGGCGAUUUUCAUUUGUAAGAAUAUUCUUAAAAAAUUAUUGUGUUACCAUGACAACUACUUUAGAUACUUCAUGUUCGGAAAAUACAACGGUUUUGUCAGCAAGGCGAGGGUUUCUGCAUGCAUGUAUUUUCUAGUUUUUACUCUCACUGUCUAACACCAGAUGAUUUUAUUUGCCAAGGGGAGAGUGCUGCCACACAUUUGGUUAAUAGAUGUCUGUAAAGUUAAUAACUAAAAGUACUCACUACCUUUCAAAUAAGCAGAAAAGCAAUAGUUAUCCUGUAACUGAAUUAAAAAAGGAGGAAUUGAUAAAGUACAAAAACAAAUUAUUAUAUAUUUCACACAACACUUGUCCAAUCAGAGAACUAGGUUUGUACCACAUGACCAUGGCUAACUCAUUCCACAGUCUUCUCCUCUGUAUACACUAUACAUGACAUAUGUGGACUGAGAUUCAGUUACUAUAUAAGAUGAUUUAACGAUGACUGAGUAAUGAGUAUUGUUAUUCCUAUUUAAUAGUCUUGAUUGUUGUUACUGUAUAACAUUUUCUUAUCUUUAAUUUAUCUGUAGAGGUCACCUGGUUUGCCAGUAUACUUACAAGGCCCAAAUGACCGAUUCAUUUACAGGUUUGUGAUGUUACAAAUUAAAAUAUUUUUUUGAGAAAGGCAUUUCAGGUCUGUUUUAGACAUUGAACCUUUCCUCUGCCAAAUCUAAUGUGUUAAUGAACAGGGCUUUUAAAAAUAGCCAGUGACUGCCCGAGCUCCGCCAACCAAAGUUUAAUGUAUUACUGGUUACUUUCUUUAAAAUAUACUGUGUGAGACAUAAAGAUCAUGUAUAGGUUAUGGGUAAAUAUCAAGAUUUUUGUGGCAUCUUACUCGAAUGAAUAAUAUUUGAUGGAAAUUGUCGAGUGGAAAUUUAUAUACAUUUAUUAGACUUCCAGAAGUGAAAAAUACAACUUUACCCAAAGUUGCAUUUUCCGCUUCUGUUCCUGUUUAAAUCGAAUAAAUGUAUAUACACUUCCACUUGACAAUUUGCAUCUAUAACAAUACCCAAUUAAGGCAUCAAAUAUAUUCAUUCGAGUGAGAUGCCACAAAAAUCUUGAUUGCAAAGAUCAACUUCAGUCUGUAAAGUGAUUUGAAACUGAUUGUAGAUGGAUAUUGUACAUGGAAAUUUUGAGUAUGAAUUUUAUGCAUUGAUUACACCUAACCAGGAGCAGUUGCAAAAAGUGCAAAUAUAGGCCUUCUGGCUGGAAUCAAACCUGUGGCCCUGCGAUUUCGGCGCUGCGCUGGAGGGCCUCUAGUUGCAUUUUUUGUAAAAUAGGUCUAAUAGAUGUACAAAAUUCACAGUUCAAUUUUUUGCACUAAGUAUAGGUAAUCAUGCGAUGGGGGAUACAAUUAGGGAUUAAUAGUACUCGUGAUGUUUGGAAAUUUUGCCAAAAUUGGACGAGCCGCUGGGGCGAGUACUUGUUUAUUAUUAGCAUGACAAAAUUGUAUACGUACUUCUCAAUGUCAACAUCAUAUUCUCUCGCCAAAGCCCAGUCCUGCCAGACUUUCAACCAAAAUUUGGUGCUUUUGUUUGUAUUUUCAUUUAGUUCUUUUGUUCAAGCGAAAUUUGGUGCUUUCAUUCAUAUUUUCAUCUAGUUCCUCCACGGCAAUUUCAUUUCACAUUUGUGUUUAAAAUACGUUUCCAACAUUUUGUUUGUUUUGGGAAAAUCAUUAAUUGUACUCCUCUCAACCAAUCAGCAUCCAGUAAUUUUGUCAUGCUAAUAAUAAUAAUAGUAAUACAGUAUACAGUGUAAUAGUAUUCUUUCCAAAACCCCAUUCACCUGAAACUGCAUGGUUGUUUUGGGUUUUCUUAAUUAAUAAAUUAACAUAAUUUUUCGAAACGGAUUUUAGCUACGUGAUGCUGCCAUGAGCAUAGGCGGAUUUUCAUAUUUUUUACUGGGGUGGUGCCAGAAAUUUUAGGGGGGUGAGCCACGAGCAGGUGACUGAAGCAACACCAGGGCCUUUUUUAAGGAUUUUCCCGUGGGGGGGGGAAAGGGACCUUUCCGUGAGAUAAUAUAUUAGAGGGGGAUAGCAAUGGCUGAAGGCCACAUGUGUGGGCAAUAUACCACGCAUGAAUGGGGGGGGGGGAUCUGAGGUACUACCCCAGAAAAUUUUUGAAAUUUGAAUCCCGGAAAUGUCAUUUCCUGCAUUCUGAGCAUCCAAAUUUGGUCCAAAAUUUAUGCUAACUAUACUUGUAUUUGAAAUAAAUAAAGAAAAAAACGCACAAAAAGUAAAAAAAAAAUAACCAUCAUUUAUCAUUACUUAUUAGAGGAGGAUAACAAUGGUCAGGUGUGUGGGGGUGUAUUCCCCCAGAAAAAUUUUGAAAUUUGAAGCAUGGAAAUGCCAUUUCCUGCAUUCUGAGCAUCCAAAUUUGCUCUAAAAUUUAUGCUAACUAUACUUGUAUUUGAAGUAAAAGAUGGAAAAAAUGCGCAAAAAGUAAAAAAGAAUAUUAACUGUAAUUUAUCGGCUUAUUAGAGGGAUAAUCCUCAGAAAAUGUUUGAAAUUUGAAACCCGGAAAUGCUAUUUCCUGCAUUCUGAGCAUCCAAAAAUUCUAAAAGUUCACUAACAUUAAUUGAGUGAAGAUUCAAUCUGAGCCAUAGACGGAUUUUCAUAUUUUUGACUGCGGUGGUGCCAGAAAUUUUAGGGUGGUGAGCCGCGAGCAGGUGACUGAAGCAACACAAAGUGUCACCAAACCCCAGUAAGGGCUAUAUUCUAGAGGUGGAGCACUAGAGCCGCGAGUGGAAGUCUAGAGAGCAGAAAACAAAGUAUCCCUGGAAAAAUUUGAAAAAAUCAUGAUUUCUAGCUUCGAAAAAAGUUUUUUGAAGUUGUCAUAUCAAUGGAUUUGGCCUGUCCGAUUGUCUGUUGAGACUUGAGAGAGUUAAAGUUAAAUGAAGCUGUAAAAGUGUAAACCCAAUAGGCCAAUACACAAUAUGCUUUUACUUUUAUAAAAUCAUUGACAUUGUGUCGUUUGAAUCCGAGUACAAUUUAUGAUGCAACUCCGAUGUAAAAAAUAUUUGGGACGUAAAGAUUAAAUCUAGGCAAGACUAUUUCCUAAAAGAAUUAAAACUAAAAAUAAUGUUCGUAAAAUUUCCAAACGUUCUUUGCAAGCAAGCUAUUUGCAUGACAAGGCACUGCAAACUCUAUUCAGGGGAGAUAAUAGAGUUUCAAAACUUUACAAUUGGUCCAAUAAACCAGUGAAUGCAAGCGAGGAGCAAUUAGUUUCAGAGUAUUGCGUCUUUUUCUAUUUGAGUGUACUCCUACGUUUAUUUUGUAUCAUCAACACUCUGCACGUUGGAGUGGACUAUUUAAUUAUUUUAUAUUAUGCCGAAUAUUGGGGGGGGUUGAAAAUUUUUUUGGAGGGGUGGACAUUUUGUUUGGGGUUAUAGCUACUAUUGGUAGCACCCCUGCACUUCCACAAAAUCCCUCUAUGGCCAUGAGUCCUACAGUACAGUAUAUUACAUUGCGUUUAUGGCUAGAAAUCAAUCAAGUAAAUCUGGGCAAAAAGGGCGACCACAUUUGUAAGACUGUCAAAAAUUGUUUACCUACUGUAGAUCAAAUGAUUCCUUUAAUUACGGACAACCGCCUACUUUCUCACCAUAGCCACUUACUUGAAAUUAUUUUGAAAACCUCGUUGAGUGCUCGGAUGGGGCCGGAUGAAUUCGGAACCAUACUCAAAUUCGUGCGUUUAAUUUCGCCUUGCGUUCACACGGGACGCAUGAAACCGGACGAAACCCUACGAAUUCGAGACCAAAUAGGUCUCGUUUUGUACCGGAAUGGCUCCUAAAUUAGACGUGCCAUGUGAACAGCGGAACCAGUCUUUUUUAGGAACAUUUUGCAUGAUAGACGAUUGGAAUUGAGACUGACUGAGACCAUCUGCGCACAUGAACGUAAAUACCUGCACCAGGACUACACACGUAAAAACGCACAAGUUGUAACAAACCUGCAGCGGACUAAUAGCAAUGCUGUUUCAACAACUUGUCAUCACGAUGUGUUUGCACUGCUUGUUCCCAGCUUGUCAACAAGUACUGUAGUCAACGGCUUGUUCGCAACUUGCUACACGGUUGAUGAGCUCAACAGACUUGUUACAAGUUGUUCCAACAACUUGUUAUCGUCCUGCAAUUCAACAACUUGUCAACAAGUUGCGAGUGACAACCUUGUAGCAACUUGAUAAAUAACAGCACUGUCGCAACCUGUUGACAAGCUUGCUACAAGCCUGUUGCGAACACAUCUUGUUGACAAGUUGUGAGAUUUUUACGUGUGUACAAUUUACCCAUAUCCGUGUGAACACUUUUCGUCUCGUAAUUAAUCCGGUUCCGUUUGAACAUGUAGAACCAGACGAAUUUGAGUACUGUUCCGAAUUCAUCCUGCCCCGUGUGACCGUAAUAUAACUACAUGUAAAACCUGGUUCACAUGCACUAGCAAUUUUGUCUGCGAUUUUGCGUUUCUGACGGAUGCAAAUGGGUGAACUUGCACACAAAAGUAUAUAGAGUCGAUUUUCAGAAGUACUGUAAACAAUUAUUUUUGCAUGUCAUUUAUUCCAUCAUAUUUCCCAGGAGACUGAGUAGAAAAAUCGCCGACAGAAUUGCCAGUGCAUGUGAACCAGGCUUCAGUCAUCCACUUACCAGAUUCAUGCCUGUUUUCUAUAAAAGUCAUUUAUGUUCCAUAAGGCCUAUAACGGAAAUAUCCUGUGGUUCUGGUUUCCUCAAUGUCCAAUGACCCUCUGUUUUUCUAGCUCUAUGAAGUAUAUAUAACCUGUUUGUUUCAAAGUUGUUAGAAUAUUUAACAAGCGAUACUUUGCCGAGGGAAACGGUAAAAUUCUUAAUUUGUCUUGGCAAUUUCCGAAGGCUGAGGCAAAUUGCGAGGGCUGAGCCUGAGGCAAAAUCUGUGUGCGUGAUAAAACAUGUCACUCAUGUGGCCGCGUGUACUAACGGACCCAGAGGAAAGCUUUAGUCCACUAUGUGUAAAAAAUGACAGUCUGUUAUCCACGUGUAGCUCACUUAAGUGUAAGGGGUGGACCAUCAGAUAUCUUGGGAGGGAGGGAGGGAGGGGAAAUUUUCCUUGCAAGAAUUUUUUAAGUUUUGUCAAACCAUACAGUAUAUUUCUGUAUAUUCCAUGUAAUAAUAAUUUAUAGUAUAAUAUAAUAUAAUAUAAUGAAUUUUUCACUUUGUACAUGACACAAACUAAUUAAAGACAAAUAAAGACAGAUUAGACAAAUCUUGACAGGAGAAAGAAAGACUCUCGUCCCAAUUGACAUCUAACCCCUAAAACGUAGUUGUAAGAAUAUCUUUUCUUUCCCUAAAUACUAGCUUGCAUGAAUUGUUUUCAGAUUCCACUCUGCAUUCCUCUCUCAGGUUAUCUAAUUGUCCACUAUAAGUCUAAUAUGUUAGUUUACUUACCUGAGUAGCACUGUUUAUAGUAAUGACUAUACUUGUAUAUACUUAUAUAAGCUUUUCUACCAGAAAUGAGAUCUUACGAUCUAAAGAUUUGACAAUACACCCUUUCGAUAAUUGCGUCAUUUGGCCUGGGAGCCUCGCUCUCAUGAAUCGCGAGCCAAUCACCAAGACAAAAACUAUGUGUGACGUAAUUAUCGAAAGGGUGUAUUAGCAUAUACUGUGCUUGGAAGGGGAUAGACAGAUAGUGCUUUUCCCGCAUUUCAUUGCUUGCUCGGCUCUGGAUAUCCUUGUUCGGUAUUCACCUUCGGAUCAAAACAAAAUGUCUUUGAAUAUCAUUAAAUGUCUCAAACAUGUAUUUUUAGGUCGUGCAUGAUCGCUUCUGCUGCAGGCAUUGGUAUUUGUCUGGCAUCCAUAUACUUAAUGGCCAGUGGUAACUUAAAGAAGAAGCAGUAAUAAACUUUAUUAAAGUAACAGUAUUUCUUUAAUGUAAUUAAAAAUGUGGUUGUGAAUUGUGAUGUGGUUUUGUAAAUGAAGUAAGAGGCAGUGCAUUGGAAUUAAUGUUAUACACAUUACUGCAUUGUAGAUUAUUAAAUAAAGAGAAUGGCAAUUUGUUGCCUAUUGAGGAAAGUGUAUCGCUUUAUGACUG